AUGCAAUACUCAUCAUCCAACCUCGCCGCCUUGGCUAGCCUCAUAACCACCAUCUCCGCCCACGGCUUCAUCACCUCCCCACAAGCCCGUCUCGCCGGUACCGCCAUGAAAGCAGCAUGCGGCGAACAAGUCUACAACAACCAAGCAUCCGACAACUACGGCAAUAUCCAAGGCGAACUCCAGGUCGCCAGCUCCCAGACCGACUACAACGCAGCCGAAUGCAAUAUCUGGCAGUGCAAGGGCUACAAAUUCGCCGACAACACUGCUAAUGUGCAGUCCUGGACCGCGGGCCAGACUGUUGCUUUCACGUUCGAUGUUCGCGCUCCUCAUACGGGAACAGCAAAUGUGUCGAUUGUGAACACGGCUACCAAUGCCAUUAUUGGGGAGCCGCUCCUCACAUACGCUGAUUUCGGGGAUAACUCGAAGACGAUUCCGGCAAACGAAACGUCGUUUUCUAUUACCAUUCCUUCUGAUCUUGGGGACACGUGUGCUACGGCUGGUGCGUGCGUGGUGCAGCAUUGGUGGAAUGCUGCCAGCAUUGAUCAGACGUAUGAGUCUUGUGUUGAUUUCACAGUUGGGGGAUCGGGAGCUGUGGCUUCAGGAUCUGCUUCUGCAUCUAUCUCUACAAUUUCUACCCAGGCAGCUGUUGUCUCGAGCUCUAGCGUGGUACCAACGACUCUUCAGACUGUUGUGUCCACGUCUGUUUCCAUCACCUCCAGCGCAGUUCCAACAACUCUCCAGACUGUUCAGUCCAUUUCUGUUUCGAGCACUGCCGUAGCUACUCCAUCGGCUACUAGCACUCCUGAUGAUGAGGAUGAGGAUGACGAUGAUUGUUAA